CAAAAAAGUACAACAAUAAUAAUUGUCCAUCUGAUAAAUAAAUAAGACAAUAUACAGACAAUUAUUAUUGUUGAACAAAUAAAAAAUAAAUUAUAAAUUAAAUUUGGAUGCUGAUAAAUAAAUAAGAAUGUGAAUUUAGUUAUCAAUAAAGUGAUAAAUAAGGAAAAAAUUUAACGUCGUACAUGUUUAGGUUUAACAUUCUUGUGGCUGUCAAUUUGUGCUUGUGAAUGAUUAAUUGCUAUUGUAUUGAUAAGGAAAUUUUAUAUUUACCAAAAUAAAUCCGCAAAGUUAAGUACUUAAAUUUACAAACAUGCAGAUAAUUGAAUAAUUAUCAAUGAUAACUCCGUAAAAAUGUUGUAAUUAUUAUUUAUAAAUAUUUAUGGUGAUAAAUUAUUCAUUUUAUCGGAUAAAAAUAAAUGAACGAUGGCAAAUAUAAAAGACUUAUUAACGCACGGAGAUGGUGUUGGAGAUGAUAAAAGAAUGAAUAAGUCCAUCAGGAACUUAUAUAUAACAUCUAGUUGAUGUACGACUGGUCAAUUAUUUUGAUCACCGUAAUUUAGUAAGGAGUUAGCUCGUGGGAGCAUAGAUUUAUUGGGAAAUUGUUUGAUUAUUAAUAAAAGGGAAAAAAAAAGAAAUUUACAUGAAACGAACCACCCGCAUAAAGAGAAAUAAUCUCUUUUGAGAAGGUUAAGUGGUGACUAAAUUUUAUUCAGAUGAACAAUGAACCAUUCGGGAAGCGGUAAACGUCAGGCGAAGGUAUUGGAAGAUAAUUAUUGGGACUGUAGUGUCUGUACGUACAGAAAUACAGCAGAAGCAUUCAAGUGCCUAAUGUGCGACGUGCGUAAAGGUACUUCUACGCGGAAACCCCGCAUCAACCCUCAACUGGCUGCUCAACAGGCUGCACAGCAACAGUACGUGCCGCUGUUGAAGCCAGGUAAAAAAGAAGGCGGCAGUGGGAGCAGUACGACAAGUUCGUCGAAAGAUAACAAAGAACGCAAAUUGGAUAAGCCCAGGAGGAAAAACCGACAUCCGCCUAGGUUGAAAAAUGUUGAUCGCAGUACUGCGCAAACCAAUGAAGUAACUGUUAAUAAUGUUACCGUAAUUAUAACUGAAUAUAAACCUAAAGUUAAAAAGAACUCUGACCAGUCGGGCUUAUCGAGUAGUGCUUCUUCAGAGAAUGGAAGUCAGCAUGACUCAAAUCAAGACUCAAGGAGUCUAGAUAUUGGUACUGAUGCUUAGAAUUAAUAGUUCAUUGUUUUAUUCAUCAUUAUUAUGUGUAUUGGUAAUUAUAGAGAUUAAUCGACAUUUUUUAUCAUACAUUUUUUCCAUAUCUACGGUUUUCAAUUAUAUAUUUGUUUUUGGAUGAGUACGUUUAUUUUAUUGCUCAAAUUUUUAAACAGUUCUUAAAGCUAUGUUUUUUUGUUCUA